AUGAGUGACUCUACAGACACCAGCAAGCUAGCCCCAGAGGCAUUAAUCGCCAAAUUCCAAGUGAGCAAGCUCCUCAAACAAGACCAAAAUGGCCGCCGAAUCGCCCUCUUAGGCACCAUCGACGACUCCCAGGGCAUCUUGAUAGCCGAGCGUGCUGCCUUCGCUACCGAAUCUCUAUCCGUGCUCCAAGCCUUCCACGCCGCAAUCUCCCGAGUCAACAAUCUUGGUGACAACGACAUCUACCGGUGGUACAUGGCGUCAUCCAGUGGCAGCAAUAUCACAGAUCCCACACCCGCCGAAGCCGCCCAGCAGCCCCAGCAAGACCUCAAGCUCAACCUCAUCUGGCCGUGCACAGCACAGCACAUCAAAAAAUACUCAGACCAACAGCUGCGCAUGGUGACCGAGACCGCGCAGAUCUACCGCGAGCAUGUGCGGCCGUACAUGCAAGCCAAGCGCGAGGAGGGACGUUUGAACUGGGUGUUCAAUAUCCUGGAAGGCCGAACUGAGCAAGAAGAUGUGAUCAUGCGAGACGAGGGCCACGGACCCGAAGAUGCAUUUUUGAUGUUGCCGGAUCUGAACUGGGAUCGGAAGAGUAUGGGAUCGUUGCAUUUGUUGGCGCUAGUGCAUCGCAGGGAUAUUUGGAGUUUGAGGGAUUUGAAGAAGAGUUUUGUGCCUUGGUUGAAGUACCUACGACAGAGGGUGUUGGAGGCUACGGUCUCUAUGUAUCCGAGUUUGGAGCAGGAUCAGCUGAAGCUUUAUGUCCAUUAUCAACCGACUUACUAUCAUUUCCAUAUCCACGUUGUGAACGUGAUGCUUGAAGCUGGUGCAACGCAGGCAACAGGGAAAGCUUUUGGUCUGGAGAACUUGAUCUCGCAGCUUGAGACUAUGACGGGGGAUGGAGAUGCUAGUAUGGCUGAUGUUGAUUUGACAUACUACCUGGGCGAGGCAAGUGAACUGUGGACGGAUAUUUUCAAGCCAUUGAAGGAGGGGAAGAAGCCCAGUCAAUAA